AUGGUAGGAAUGAGUAUUGGCUGGGUAUGGAUAGCGGGCAUCUCGAUUCACUUGGCUAUCUCCUUGGACACAAAUCCAGAAAAUAUCCGAGUCAAUUCAAGACUACAAGAGAUUCAGCCGUCCAGACAGAUCUUCACAGCACGCGGUGAUAUGAACAACAUAUGCAGAGACAGUAGCUCCACAUAUCUGGAUCCAAGCGCUCGUCCCAUUCUCAAGAGACAAAAAUUGGCGCCUCAAGCCGAAACAAUUCUAUCUCAUGAGAAAAAGGGAUCUUUUCAGUCCUUGGACUCGGAGAAUCGAGAAAGAAGCUCAAAAGUUGAACUAUGGAUGGAAAAGAAAUCUACAACAGAUCACAAAGAUUUAUAUCCAUCAAGCGCUGAAAGAUUUGACUCCAAUAACCACAAGAUUGCUAACAUAUGUCCUAUCCCGAAUCAUAGAGGUGUAGAACAGAAAGAGCAUCACACAGCUAGGGAGCUGAAUUUUGAUUUAAAUCAAGAACCAAUGGACCAUAUUUCACCAAAAUUCUAUGAAAAUUUAAUCUCACAAGGGAAAACUAAUACUCUAUCGGUAGAAUCAACCAAAAAAGGAAUAGAAAGUAAAUCAUCAAUCAGAAUGGAUUCUGAACCAAAGGCAUCCGAAAUCGAUAUCAAAAACUUCCAUCUACACGAUCCUAACAAGAUAUGUUCAGCUGCUGCAAUUCAUUACACAAAAGAUCUGAUGAUAAGUUUAUCAGAAAAAUAUACACCUAGAGUGAAGAUACCUAAUGAAUGCCUUAGUUGGAAUUCAGGAAAAGAAAUAUGGACAUCAGAGAUCUUACUUCCGUUUGUAUAUUUCAUGGUGAUUUGUAAUCCGAGUCAAAAGCUUUGGAAGUAUAUAAAACAUUUAACUGUUUUGAGUUUAAGAGCUUAUCAUCAAUCUUCACUUGAGGAUAAAACUCAAUCAGAUCAAGAAAAACUCGGUCGAUUUGUUUUAUGGCAUACUGAAGUGAUGUAUCAUAUUACUUUGUUACAACCAAGUAUUAAAUCGUUAGAUGGGGUUAGACUUACUAUUCGUGGUUUCUGUACUCUCGCUAGGUUGGUUUGGGUAAUGAAUGAUCAUGAAAACUUUGAGAAAUGUUUUUCACAAAAAUCUUGUAAAUCUAUUUUAGAAAGACACAUUUCUGGCACAUUUGAAGAAGAUUAUAAAUCAGGAUAUCCAAGAAACGAACUUAAUCAAAACUUAUAUAGUUCGACUUUAGAGAAUUGGAAAAAGAAAUCCAAUGAGAUUUUAAAGAUUGGUAGAUAUGUAGAUUGGUCGAAAUUCUUAAUAAACCAUCCGAAAGACGAAUCUCAUCCACUUCUUUUAAUAGAUCAAGACCUUCAAAACCUAAAAACCGAUCCAAAGUUAUUGGUCUUUAUGAAGUAUUGGGAAAAAGAUUUGGAAAAGAUGUUUGAGUUUAUUAGUCCGUUAAGUUUAACUGGUUUAGCUUUACCUCAUUUUUCAUUACAUCAAAUUUGUAAAGGAAUGAAUCAAUUCAUUAAAACCAAACGUCAAACAUCAGGUCUUCAUAAACCUAGCGAGUUUCAAGUUACUUUGUUCUCUCAAUUCCUGCAUCAAAAAUUAAAUGAUAAAUAUUUCAAAAGGUUUUGGUAG